CCCAAGAAAAUCUCAAAAAAAAAAAGAGGGAAAAAAUCAAAAUAGAAGCACAAAAGGACAUUGACAAGAGAGCCGUCAAGCCACCUGAAAAAAUGUCAACCAAAACAUUAAUCCAUUAAUCUCCCCUCAAUUACAUAAAAAAAAAACACUACAGGAAGAAAAAAAAAGAAGAGAAAGAGUUAGUGGUCUCUUGGGCUCUCAUAAUAUAAGUAUCUCCUUUGAUCCAACAAAUAUUUUCCCAUCAUUUCAUAUUUUUUUUGCGUAUUGUGUACACAUAAACACAUUGGUUAUUCUUCUUCAAAGGUUGGGGUGAAAGCCAUGGGAGAUGAUUUCAGCACCACAGGUAACGGAAACUGGUGGAAAGUGUCGUCGUCGUCGUCUUCGUCUCCGUCGUCGUCUUCGGGGAUCGGUUGCGGUACGUUGGGGAGGUUUGGUUGGGAGAGGACAGAGACUGUUGAGGUAAACAAAGAGAGGUCGAGCUCUAUCGAAUCCGGUGGCUCGGUUGUUUUCCAUGAUCAUCAUAAGCUUCAUCAUGAUCCAUCAUUUGAUCAUCAUCAUCAUCAUCAUCAUCAUCUUCAGAUGAUACGUUUGGGCCUUUCUUCGCAACCUGCUCAUCAAUGGAACCAAUCUCUCCUGCGAGACGAUAAUAAAGCGCAGACAAGCUUCGGGGCGAUGCUUCAGGAGAACAUAAACGCGAACGCAAACGCAGACGUCAGCAUCAACGCGACGUCGUCAUACCAACAAGAAUCAGGUUCUUCACCAGCAUCGAUGUGGCGAGAUUCUGCUGCGAACAUGGAGUUCAAAGCGCAGAUGAGCGAUGGCAGCGGUUUCUUCUUGGACCAAUCGCGGUUUAGCCAAAACGCGAGCUCGAGCGAUAGCACCGUGACGUGCCAAAGCUUCGCGGUCGAGAAUUCAUCCAACGCUUUGUAUUCAAGCCCGAAUUCCUCGAACAUGUUCCAAGGAACGUUCUUGGGAUCUAAUCAACCGCGAAACCAGUCGCCUUUUAGCUACUCGCAGUACGGAAACUUCGGGAUGAGUUCUAAUAAUAACGACCAUAUGGCGUCUGCGUCUGCGUCUGCGACCGCGACGUGGUUUUUGAGAGCGUCUCCGCCGCAGAAACCGCAGAGUCCGUUGAGUUUCUCUAACAACGCACCGUUUUGGAAUCCAUCAGACGCGUCGCCAAACUUCUUCCCGGCGUUACAAACGCAGCCGAUUCAAACGCCGAAUUUCGAUGAGAAGCCAAAAAAGAAUGUGCCGGAGAUUCCGGAUCCGAAGAGAAGCGGCGGCGAUCAACCGGCGGCCAAAAGGUCUAAGAACGAGACGGUGUCGCCUUCACCAACUUUCAAGGUGAGGAAAGAGAAGAUGGGAGACAGAAUCGCUGCGCUCCAACAACUGGUAUCACCUUUCGGAAAGACUGAUGCUGCCUCAGUGCUGUCUGAAGCCAUUGAAUACAUCAAGUUCUUGCACCAGCAAGUCACAGCCCUUAGCAGCCCGUAUAUUAAAAGUGGACCUUCGUUACAGCAUCCACAGAAUCGCGAUCAGUCCAGAGACCGUGAAGAACCCGAACAAGAUCUUAGGAGCCGAGGGCUAUGCUUAGUCCCCGUAUCGAGCACAUUCCCCAUUACUCAUGAUACUACGGUCGAUUUCUGGACCCCUACAUUUGGUGGAUCAUUUCGGUAGAUAUAAACAACAAUUGAUUAUAUAUAUAUAUAUAUGUUUGACAAUUACAUUAUCUAUACAUAGAUGUGAGAUUCACAAAAACCAUUUAAAAAGAAAAUAUAAUUAAUUGUCAGAGAAUAUAUAUAUAUAUAUAUACAUAUGUAUUUUUUUUUGUUUAAAUUGAUAUUAUUGUUGUUCUUGAUAGGUUUGGAAAUAUAAACGAUGACAUUGAUGAUGAUAAUAAUGUUCAUUGUCAUGAAAAUGUAAAACUUUGAAUUAGUUUAUACAUGGAGGAAGGGGCUUUUUGUUUUU